AUGGAGAAAUUAGGGUUUUGUGUUAUUGAUGAGGUGCAUCUUGUCAUACCUUGGUCACAGUCCUUCCGAGAGUCAUACAGCACUGUUGUCACUCUGAUCCCUCGUUCCAUCCUACGUGACAUUCCUUGCAAUGUCAGGCUCCAUGAACCAAUUGAUCGUAAGGACCUAGUCUAUAGCACUUGUACCUUGAAGUAUUCGAUUACAGGCAGCGACUUCCCAGAUCUGGCAUGGCUCAACCCAGAUAACCUCACAACUGCACAAUCCAUCACACCUACACUAAUAGCAGUGGCAAUGGUGGCUAUUGCAAACGCAUUAGUCAAGUGGCUACGAAAGAAACUCAAGGAAGUACUUACAAAUGGAGAGAAUUUAGUUUUUCCAUUCCAUUCAAUUAUACCCCAAGAGGAUCGUCUGACAACGCUCCAGGAGCUCAAGGCUGGGACAGUACAAAUAGUGGUGGCAACAACAGCAGCCCAGGUUGGAUUAGACAUGGCGAUACGGAAUGUCGUGAUCUUGGAUCUUCCCCAUGACUUCGAGGCCAUGACUCAAUGGAAUGGUCGUGCAGGUUGGGAUGGACAGGGUUGCCAUGCAAUCAUAUACACGCCAGAUGCGAUCCGAAUUGAAAAUGUUUUUGACCUUGAUGGUGACCCUGCAGGGGGACGAAAGAAGACCACGAAUAGAGCUUUAAAACUCCGAAGUGACUUUCGAGACAGUUGCCCACCUGGUUUUGUUGACUACUUCAAUGCUCCCUGCCUUCGCAAAGUCAUAGGCGAAUACUAUGGGGAGCCAUAUGAGAAACCCAAACUGUGUUGUGAAGGACCAGGAUGUUAUCCUGGUCCAAACAUGGAACCCUUACAAGCAGCAGAGCGAUAUGUUGAAAAUCUAGACAAGGGGAACUUACCGAAGUAUAAUGCUGCGAUGUUGCAAGUUGGGAUUGAGAGCCUUCGAGUCUGGCAAGAGAAGAUAUGGAUGGAGAGGGGAAGGGUUGGGGGCCUUACCAAUUUGGACGCACCCUCAUCGACUGUCUCGAACCAUUCAAUCGAGCUCCUUGCAGCAGGAAUGCAUCAGGGAUAUUCUGAAGAACGGAUGAAGGCUUUAGCAGAGUCAUGGGGGAGUCACAACGGACUUAGCGUUAGGGAACAGGAGCUAUUGGUUGAGGUGAUUAGGCAGUGUAAUGGAGGUUGGGUGCAGGAAUCCCGGAGUGUGGGAGGCAAGAGGAAAGAAAGAGCCACAAAAGAAAGAGCCACGGAGGCAGUGGCAGCACGGAGGCCGGGCGGUGGCAGCCUGGGAGGUGAGGAUGAGGUCACCUCAGCAUCAAUACUUGGGCCAACAUGGGGUGAAGGCAAACGGAAGGUAGUACUUACGAAGAAAGCAGCCAAUUGUCAUAUCCAUACAAUCCCGACCUCUGCUCUGGGCUCCCGGAACUCCGAACCAGACUUCCGGAGUCCUACUACCCUUCCGUCACCUUCUCCUUGCCGACUCCCAAGAGGUUAUCCCACCUCCGGCUCUGACACACCCUUCGGUCUGACUCCGGAACAUUCCGGGUCCGACCCCAACCUUGACACCUUCCAGACGAAACCUCCAGUCUUAGCUCCGACCUCGGACUUUGACCCCACCUCCGCUUAUACCCAUUGUAUUGGUUAG